AUGAAAUCAAGUAGUCAAGACCAGAGUUUGUCCGAUUCCAGAGAACUGGACAGGUCGUACGACCCUCUCACAGGGGGUAACCCGUCCUCCAAGCCGAAUAAAAAGACCAUUAAACAGAGGUUCCUCAAAUUGCUUCCGUGUUGCCGGUCUGGAUCCAGCCCUUCCCUCAAUCAAAACAGCGUGGCUGAUGACGCUGAGUUGUCAACAGUGUGCCACAGACCAGAGGGGCUGGACCAACUCUUACAGCAGACCAGCUUCAACAGGAAAGAACUGCAGAUCCUCUACCGUGGAUUCAAAAAUGAGUGUCCCAGCGGUGUGGUAAGCGAGGAGAAUUUCAAAACCAUCUACUCCCAGUUUUUCCCUCAAGGAGAUUCCAGUAUGUAUGCUCACUUCCUGUUUGAAGCUUUUGACACCCGCAGCAAUGGAGCUAUUAGCUUUGAGGAUUUUGUGAUGGGCUUGUCCAUCAUACUUCGAGGCUCCACCACUGACAAACUCAACUGGGCCUUUAAUCUGUACGAUCUCAACAAAGAUGGCUGCAUUACCAAAGAGGAGAUGACAGACAUCAUGCACUCCAUCUAUGAUAUGAUGGGAAAGCACACCUACCCUUGCAUAAAAGAGACUGCUCCCAAAGAACAUGUUGAAAAUUUCUUCCGGAAGAUGGAUAAGAACAACGAUGGAGUGGUUACCAUCGAGGAAUUCCUGGAGACAUGUCAAAAGGAUGAGAACAUCAUUCAAUCCAUGCACAUGUUUGACAAUGCAAUCUGA